CAGCCAGAGCUGCAGGACGCGGGCCGGAGCGGAGAAGGAGUUGAUCGCGCAUCGCUCCUACUUGCGCGCUGGACUGGAGCUCCUCCACACAGCCCAGAUCUCCUACAUCUCGUCACAUUUGUGGAGCUGCUCAUGCCGUGAAGGGAGCAGAUGCUGCUGCUGCUGCUGCGUCCAGGGAGGAGGUCGCCGGACCAUCUUCUAGCAGUGCUCGUCACAAGAGGACACAAGGGACACAAGUGGGCGGGACCCGGACCCGGGUCCGCUCCCGCUCCAACUCGAGGGUGCAGCUGCUGGUCCAGCCGCGCUGCUCUCGCGCUUCUCUCGCGCAUCUCGUGAAGUUGCUGAAGGGCGAAGGCGACCUCGAUUAUUGCAGGCGGUGGGACAGGGAAAAGGAUCCGUCCCCCAGAGCGCUUCGACGCGUCCCGCCUGCUUCUAAUGAACUAGAUAUUUCCGUACGACGUCCUCGCGUGGAUCUUACAGGGGUAUUUUCGUUUCCGAAGGAGCGGCCCAAAUAAGGCAACGAUUGCAGGCGCGCCUUGCAGGGCUGCGACUCCGAAAAGCGCGCCGAAGGAGCGCGCUGUCCGUCCUCGGGCCGCGCGCGCUCGCCUCUCUAACAUUGGCCGACCCGCCGAACCUGCCCAGCUCGGCUCAUCGGCGACACGGGUGAUGUUCGAUCGUCGCGUGACACUGGGAUGAUCUGCGCGCGCGGCGCGUGUCCACCUCGCUCGCCUCUCCUUUCUGGCGCGGGAGCCAUGCGAAGCGGCGCGUGAGGAGCCAGUGCGUGUUUUUGCGUCCCAGGUCGCGCGCGAGCCGCCCGUUCGGACAUGGCUGCGGCCAUCGCGAGCUCCCUGAUCCGCCAGAAGCGCCAGGCGAGGGAGUCCAACACGGAGCGCGUGGCCGCGUCCAAGCGCCGCAGCAGCCCCAGCAAGGAGGCGCGCUCGCUGUGCGACAGGCACGUGUUCGCCGUCUUCAGCAAGGUGCGCUUCUGCAGCGGCAAGAAGAGACCCGUUCGACGGAGAUCAGAACCACAGCUGAAAGGCAUAGUGACACGACUGUUCAGUGAGCAGGGCUUCUACCUGCAGAUGCACCCCGAUGGCACUGUCGAUGGAACCAAGGAUGAGAACAGCGACUACACCUUGUUUAACCUCAUCCCGGUGGGGCUGCGAGUGGUGGCCAUCCAAGGAGUGAAGGCGGGACUCUACGUAGCCAUGAAUGGAGAGGGCUUCCUCUACAGCUCGGAAAUGUUCACACCAGAGUGUAAAUUUAAGGAGUCUGUGUUUGAAAACUACUACGUCAUCUACUCGUCCACGUUGUACCGGCAGCAUGAGUCCGGCCGAGCUUGGUUUCUGGGCCUGAACAAGGAGGGCCAGAUCAUGAAAGGGAACCGUGUGAAGAAGACAAAGCCGUGCUCACACUUUGUGCCCAGACCCAUUGAAGUGUGUAUGUACAAGGAGCCCUCUCUGCAUGAGCUUGAGGAGAAGCAGCGCUCCAGGAAAAGCUCAGGGACCCCUGCCAUGAACGGGGGUAGUGUGGUGAAGCAGAACUCCAUGGAGCCUGUCGGCUCCUAGCUGUGACCCUGGGACAGCCCCACGUCGGCGCUCCUCCCUUUCUUACACACCGGUCAACUGAAACUAAAUAAGACAAUGACAAAAAAGAAAAGCAAAAAAAAAAAGAAAAAAAAACUGAAUUCUUGCCUGUGAAAUAUU